UUUAGCAGAUUAGAUUUUCUCUUGUUCUGCCUCUUACAGUAUGAACCAUUUCGUUCUUCGUCUUUUACAGUUUCGAAAUUGUCUUGGAACUCGCAAAAUUUAUCAUCAUAAUAAUUUUCAACCAUAUUUUCUCACUUUAACAAUGAAUUAUUUCUUUUCUUCAAACACUAAGUCUGUUCCUUCAAAUAUUUGUUACCAUAUCGAAGGAUUUAUCAAUUGUUCAUAUUUUAGUGCUGCAGUAGAAUUAGGUUAUAAGUUGAAAGAUCCUUCUUUUAACAAAAAUGCUGAUACACGUAUUCAAGUUAGCGUCGACGCGCAUAAAAAGGAAACCUGGAGCGACAAAAUAAAGGACCUUCAUUCGCUAAUUCCUAAAUCAAAAAAUCACACAUCAUCUCCCUUAAUUUAUGAAGGAUGUAGCCCGGGUAAGUAUGAAUUUAUUGGAGGAUAUUCGGAAUUUGUGAAAUUAGUAAGAGCAAGGCACAAGUUAAAUAUGCAAAAUGAUAUUAAAGAAGGUGGUAGAGAAUGUGUGGGUGAUGUUUGUAAAAUAUAGUUGAUUAAAAUAAUUACACUAAAAAGCUAAAAAAUGGUUCAAAUUACAAAAAAUGCAUGUAGUUUAUUCAAAAUAAAUCCAAAUUUUUAUUUAA